AUGUGCACUGAGCAUCACAGCAGUGUAUGCCCAGCUUGCGGGAAAGACUAUCUAGUCUAUGUCGAGUUUUGCCAAGCCUUCCGGCCUCCGUUGCUGUACUGUCUCAACGGUACUAUCGUGGCUCGCAUAGAGAUGGAACGAGGGGGGUGUCCGAGCCGAAUCUGUCCCAACAGUGCCGCAGGCGGGUGCGCGUUAAUGUAG